AUGAUCUCCUCAUUGUUCCUGGCCUUCCCAUUCCUGGCUCUGGCCACAGUGGCCACCACCAGAGCUGACAGUCGGUGCCUGGCAUGUGGGGAGCCUGCUUUGGACCUGCAGAGCCAGCGCGAGCUGCUUCUCCCCCUUGCCAAGAGAAGCAUCUUGGACAAGCUGCACCUCAGCCAGCGCCCAACGCUGAGCCGGCCAGUGUCCAGAGCCGCUCUGAGGAUAGCGCUGCAGCGCCUCCAUGGGCGCCCACAGGGGGCGCCUCCGGAGGCUGACAAGGGACAGGAGUAUGAGAUCAUCAGCUUUGCUGAGACAGGCUUCUCCAGCAUCAACCAGACUCGUCUUGAUUUCCACUUCUUCUCUGAUAGAACUGCUGGGGGCAUGGAGGUCCAGGAGGCCAGCCUCAGGCUCUUUGUGCAGCUCCCUCCCAAUACCACCUGGACUUGGAAGGUGAGGGUCCUGGUGCUAGGUUCACACAAAGCCAACCUCACUUUGGCUACUCAGCACCAGCUAAAGAUGGAUGCCAGUGGCUGGCACCAGCUCCUUCUGGGACCUGAAGCUCAGGCUGCCUGUAGCCAGGGACACCUGACCCUGGAGCUUGUGCCUGAAGGACAGGUAGCCCAGAGCUCCGUCAUCCUGAGUGGGGCUUCCCAGAGGCCUUUUGUGGCAGCCCGGGUGAGAGUUGGGAGCAAGCACCGGGUCCGACGUCAUGGCAUCAACUGCCAGAGUGGGUCCAGGAUGUGCUGCCGACAAGAGUUCUUUGUGGACUUCCGUGAGAUCGGCUGGCACGACUGGAUCAUCCAGCCUGAGGGCUACGCAAUGAACUUCUGCACGGGGCAGUGCCCGCUGCAUGUGGCAGGCAUGCCUGGCAUUGCUGCCUCCUUUCAUACCACCGUGCUCAAUCUUCUCAAGGCCAACGCAGCUACAGGUACAGCUGGAGGGGGCUCAUGCUGUGUGCCCACCGUCCGGCGCCCCUUGUCUCUGCUCUACUACGACAGGGACAGCAACAUUGUUAAGACUGACAUACCUGACAUGGUGGUCGAGGCUUGUGGAUGCAGUUAG